AUGAUGACAAGCAAUCCUGGUGAGGCCGACAUUUUCAUCCGAAACGAGAAUGAUGAUGAACCGGAACAGAAGAAAAGGAAACAUGAAAUAUCGGAAGUAGAAGAGGAAAGGGGAUUGGAUUUGCUUGAACGUUCAACAAAUAUUGUUUCUGAAGAGAAUGAUUCAUCUUCAUCGGCAGCUACAACUGGAUUGCAAUUCAGCACUGUUACCGAACAAGACUCGAGUACCACUGCCAUGGAUGUAUCAUCUUCCGAAACGGCCGUGCAGAUGAUUAAUGUAUUAAAGUAUAAUUUUGGAGAUGGAAGAAUUCAGGCACGAAUGGUAUUGAGGACUGGGAAAGGUGAAUUUGGCUUCACAAAUGAGAGUCGGAAAAUUCCAAUUUAUACCAAGGGAGUGAGAUGGUCUCCUGAUGGACUUUGUUUAUUGACGAAUAGUAAUGACAAUAGAAUUCGAUUAUUUGAGCUACCACAACAGUUCAUUUCAAAAAUUAAUAUGAACGUAACAAGUGAAAAUAUUGAUACUACUCAGAACACGUCGUUGAGCGAAUCCUCAUUAAAUAUUCAAGAAGAUAGCUCUUCGACCACUGUUGUAAACGAAUCUUGGAGGCCAUGCUUAACUGUGAGAGAAGGAGGAUGCAUCAAUGAUUUCUGUUGGCAUCCAUGUAUGAAUUCUUCCACGGGAAUUAAUUGCAAUUUUUUAACAGCAAGCACCAAGCAGCCUGUUCAUAUGUGGGAUGCGUUCAAUGGAUCUCUUCUAAACAGUUUUCUAGUGAAGGACCACAUGGGCGAAGUUGAUAACAUUAUUUCUGUUUCAUAUAAUGGAAUUUUGUCGCUAGGUAGCAAAAUCUAUUGUGGUCUCAACCAGAGAAUUUGCGUAUUUGAUGCUCAGGCUGGAAGUUCCUCAAUCUAUACUGAAAUUUAUGCCGUCGAAAAGAAUAUUAUUCGAGGAAAAUCAAAGAAGCGUGCCAAACGUUUUGGUCAGACCGGUAUCAUCUCUUGUUUUGCAUUCAGUCCUGUAAUGGAAUCCAUGUAUGCAGCAGGAUGUUAUAACAACACUAUUGGAAUUUAUGAUCAAGACGAUAAUGUCGUUCAGCAUAUUAUUCAAUGCGAAUAUGGAUCUGGUGUGAAUCAUCUUCAAUUUUCAUCUAACGGCAAUUAUUUGUUCCAAUCUUCGAGAAAAGAUCACAGAAUUGUUUGUUGGGACUUGAGAAACUUAUUUGAGCCAGUCAAAUACUUUGAAUUUUCGAGAAAUGCGAAUACCAACCAGAAAAUCAAUUUUGAUCUCGAUGCUUUGACCCAAUUUGCAAUUGCUGGAACAUGUGACGGUAAAAUUAAGAUAUUCGAUCUGGAGUCACAAGGAAAGGAAAUUGCUGAAUUGGAGAGUGACACUCUUUCAAAAACCAUGAUGAACGGUAUUAACUUUCAUCCAUAUUUACCGUAUAUAGCAUGUUGUACUGGAGAGAGAACCUACCCUACAAAGUAUUCUUCCUAUGAUAGUGACAGUAGUAGUUGUGAUGACGAUGAAGAAAUUGGAAAGAGUCAAACAUCUUCGUUAACCUCUCAAGACGCUAAGACAGUUGCUCUAGAAGAAAACUAUGUUGCUUUGUGGGAAGUGUCUCCACACUCCUAUGUUAUCUGUACGUCAACAGUCGUUGAGUGA